CGCACUCUAACAGAGGCGGAACUUCCCGAAAUUUCCUUGGUAACCCGCAUGGAAACGAGCUUCCCCGUGUGUUUGUAGCCGCGCCGAUUUCAACGGCGAAAGCAGGUGGCUGGUGUUGAGAGCAGGUUUACUCGCUUCCGCAAAGCUUUGGGAUUGCAAAUAAAGUCAUGAAGAUCGAGGAGGUGAAAAGCACAACCAAGACCCAGCGCAUUGCGUCUCACAGCCAUGUGAAGGGCCUCGGGCUAGACGAAGCCGGCAAUGCUAAACAGACUGCGUCCGGCCUUGUGGGCCAGGAGACCGCCAGAGAGGCCUGUGGCAUCAUCGUAGAGCUGAUUCGUUCGAAAAAGAUGGCUGGCCGAGCUGUCUUGCUGGCUGGACCACCUGGAACUGGGAAGACUGCUUUAGCGUUGGCCAUGGCACAGGAGCUGGGGAAUAAGGUGCCGUUCUGUCCCAUGGUGGGCAGUGAAGUGUAUUCAUCAGAGAUCAAGAAGACAGAGGUGCUGAUGGAGAACUUCAGGAGAGCUAUCGGACUGCGAAUCAAGGAGACUAAGGAAGUGUAUGAAGGUGAGGUGACGGAGCUGACCCCAUGUGAGACGGAGAAUCCAAUGGGUGGCUAUGGCAAAACUGUCAGUCAUGUCAUCAUCGGCCUAAAGACAGCAAAGGGCACCAAACAGCUGAAGCUCGAUCCCAGUAUCUAUGAGAGUCUGCAGAAGGAGCGAGUGGAGGUUGGUGAUGUCAUCUACAUUGAAGCUAACAGUGGAGCAGUAAAGAGACAAGGGCGCUGUGACACCUUUGCAACAGAGUUUGACUUGGAGGCCGAAGAAUACGUUCCACUGCCCAAAGGAGAUGUACAUAAGAAGAAAGAGAUUAUACAAGAUGUUACGCUACACGACCUAGAUGUAGCUAAUGCACGCCCUCAGGGAGGUCAGGACAUUCUUUCUAUGAUGGGUCAGCUAAUGAAACCCAGGAAGACUGAGAUCACAGAUAAGCUACGAGGGGAGAUCAACAAGGUGGUGAACAAGUACAUAGAUCAAGGUGUGGCAGAGCUCGUGCCUGGUGUUCUGUUCAUUGAUGAGGUUCACAUGCUGGAUAUCGAGUGUUUCACUUACCUGCACCGAGCUCUGGAGAGCUCCAUCUCCCCUAUUGUAGUGUUCGCAUCCAACCGAGGAAACUGUCUCAUCAGAGGGACAGAGGACAUUAACUCUCCUCAUGGAAUACCUCUUGAUCUGCUGGAUCGUGUUAUGAUAAUCAGAACCAUGCUGUAUACUCCUCAAGAAAUGAAACAGAUUAUUAAGAUUCGAGCUCAGACAGAAGGCAUAAACAUCAGCGAGGAGGCUUUAUCUCACCUGGGAGAGAUUGGCACCAAGACCACCCUCAGAUAUGCUGUGCAGCUCUUAACUCCUGCCAAUCUGCUGGCACGAGUUCAGGGGAAAGAAGUUGUAGAAAGAGAACAAGUGGAAGAAAUUAAUGAGCUCUUCUAUGACGCCAAGUCUUCGGCAAAGAUCCUUCAGGACCAGCACACCAAGUUCAUGAAGUAACUCUCUCUCACUCAGCACUCGCUUGUUUUCUGCUUCACUGGGCCUAUAGUUCAGGUCUGCUCUUAAACUCCUCAGGCAAAAUGAUGUGCAGGACAGCAAAGCCACGACACCCACAGUACAUCUAACAAAAUAUUACUACAAAUGGGAAAUUGUUAAAUAAGAAUAAUAUUGUUCUCCCUGAGAGUUUUCCUUUACCUUACCUGUAUGUUCAUAGUCUUUGCCUGAUUGUUUUGCUGGGUUUGUCAGAAUAAUUUUUUUCUUUUUGUAGAAGAUUUUUACAAACUGUUAAUGUUUUCAUUUUCCAGAAAAAUAAAUUUUAAGAAUUUAAAUAA